AUGGGAGUGGGGAGGGAUAGGGAGGCCGUGAAGUGUACAGUAAUUGUUGGCGGAACUAUCGGUGCGAUCAUAACGUGUCCUCUGGAAGUAGUGAAGACACGAUUGCAGUCAUCGGUGGCCUGUUUUGGAGGCUCACAGACGGCCACACAAUACCUGUCGCCGACACUGACGGCCACCGCUUCCACCGCUUCCGCCAAACAGUCGAUCCCUCUCUGGAGAUGUAUUCGCCAUAUCGUCGACACCGAAGGCCCGAAAGCGCUGUUCAAAGGCUUGGGUCCGAACCUGAUUGGAGUCGCGCCCUCCAGCUUUGCAACGGCCGACACACCACUUGUCCAUAUGGUGGCCGCCGCCAGCGCUGGCUUUGUCUCGUGUACGGCCACUAAUCCUAUUUGGUUUGUCAAGACUAGACUCCAAUUGGAUCAAAGUGAAACGAUUAUACAUUUCGUGAUUUACGAAUUCAUUAAAUCAAAAUUGGCAGAAAUGCAGGUCCGACGGCACCACCAGUCCGAGCGAACCACAGGCUUAUAUUUUGUACAAUAUAUGACCGCUGGAGCCAUAUCUAAGUCAUUCGCAUCCAUACUCGCAUAUCCUCAUGAAGUGGCGCGAACUCGACUCAGAGAAGAGGGCCAGAAGUAUCGCAAUUUUACGCAAACAUUAUAUCUCGUAUGGCGUGAAGAGGGAGUGAAGAACGGCUUAUAUCGAGGUUUGGUCACACAAUUGAUCCGUCAAAUACCAAACACCGCUAUAAUGAUGGCCACAUAUGAAGUGAUAGUCUAUUGCAUGAAAUCAUUACAAACUUCUCACUCAGCUCUCUAGUCAUCUGUAUUUUUGUGUACAUAUAUCUGUGCC